GAUGAUGGAACAGUUUCCAAAUGAUACACAUAUGAUGAUGAAAAAAUAUUUGGAAACAAAUCUUCAAAGAACAAUAAAUCGAAAUGAUAUUGGACCAAUCAUAUUGAUAAAUGGUUGGCAUCGAAUGGCAACGAAACCAGAAUCAUCAUCGAUUGUUCAAUCGUUCGAAACACCUGUUGAUAAUCGAUCAUUGGCCAUCAUGAAUGAUCGUCAUCAUAUAUUUCGUCGUGAAAAUCGUUAUAGUAUUACACCAGCACCACAAUUACCACUACCAAUUUCAAAACGACCAUCAUUAUUGCCGAUAAAACAAGUAGCUGAAAAAGUACCGAUUAAAUAUCCAAAAAAAAUUCAUCUACCAAAACGAUUGAUACGUGGUGAACGAUUCUAUCGUAAUUUGGCCAUAUUUUUUAUUGGUUGUUUCCUAUUUUCUAUCACAAUAUAUCAAUCACUAAUUGAUACUAUUGUUAAUUAUCAAUUCGAAUUACGACCAAAUUCCUUUUUAAUUGAAAAUUUUUGGCUUCCCAAAUUAGCCAUACCUGUUUAUGUUGAAAUCUAUUUAUUUGACAUUAAAAAUCCUAAGCAAUUUUUAAUCGGUGAACGUCCAAAUGUUCAAGAAUUUGGACCAUUUGUAUUUCGAUUGGAUCGUCGUCGUAUCAUUCAUGAAUGGCGUGAUGAAACAGUUGUAUUUUCUGAAUUUUUUUCAUUAAAAUUCGAACCGUCAUUAUCCGAAUCGAUCGAUAUAGAAAUUAACCCUAGAAAGGUAACCUUAUCGAUAUUGCGGGAAAGGUAA